AUGAUUGGUUCUAAAUACCUGAUUUUCAGCGUUGCAUCUUUAUUGGUCGCACUCGUGAAGGCCAGUGACGAUGUCGUUAACUGUAAUGCAACCACAGGUGCCUGCCCCGAUGACAAACCAUGCUGUUCCCAGUACGGAGUUUGCGGUAGCGGAUCUUACUGUUUAGGUGGAUGUAAUCCCCAAUUCUCUUACAACAUGAGCGCUUGCAUGCCAAUGCCUAUUUGUAAAAAUUCCCAGACUAUCUUUGAUGGCUACAGCGGCAAGAUGAUGAACCAGUAUGAAUAUUUAGGAGACGCCGAAAAAAACGAUUGGAUUUACGAAGGCAGUAUUGCUGACUAUGAUGACGAAAAUGCCUUGCUUUUGACAAUGCCUAAAAAUUCCGCGGGUGCUGUCAUUUCAUCAACAAGAUACAUGUGGUACGGUAAGGUCGGCGCCAGAAUGAAGUCUUCUCACAGACAAGGUGUUGUGACUGCCUUCAUCAUGUUUUCGUCGGUGCAAGACGAAAUCGAUUACGAAUUUGUUGGUGACAACCUAACCAAUGUGCAAACUAAUUAUUAUUUCGAAGGUACUUUGAACUGGACUCAUUCCACCAAUGUAUCUGUCUCUGACACUUACGAAAACUACCACCUCUAUGAAGUUGACUGGCACGAGGAUCACGUUGACUGGGUUGUGAACGGAGAAAUCAGCAGAACUUUGAACAAAAACGAAACUUAUAAUGCUACAUCUGGGGAAUACAUGUUCCCUCAAACUCCAGCUCGUGUCCAGAUUUCUCUAUGGCCUGGUGGUAACAGCACCAAUCCUAUUGGUACGAGAUCGUGGGCCGGUGGUGACAUUGACUGGGACGCCCCAGACAUUGAGGACCCAGGUUAUUAUUACGCUGUUCUGGAGAGUGUGAAUAUCACUUGUUAUGACCCACCAUCUGGUACUAGCAAAAACGGGUCUCGCGCCUACAAGUACACUAACAGCAAGAACUUCACUCAAGCCGGUGUGGCCAUCACAAAUGACACCACGGUGAUGGGUUCUCUCAGUGACAGUGGCUUCAACCCAGAAAACGGAAAGUCUUCGUCAUCGUCGUCAUCUUCGUCAUCGUCGUCCAAGGCGUCGUCAUCGUCGUCCAAGACUUCUUCUAGCAGCGGUUCCAAGAGUUCCAGCACCAAGAGCGGCUCUUCCAAGAGCAGUUCUAAUGCUGGUACCACCACCGCGUCCUCUGCCACCUCUGCCAGUGGUUUUGUUCAGAACAUGAAGAGCAGCUCCGCUUCUGCCUCUGGUUCGAGCACCGCUACCAGCACUGGUGGUGCCGGCUCCUUCAGCAACCCCAUUGGAACCAAUGGACUCAUGCAUGUUGUUGUUGCGUUUGCUGGCGCCGCUUUGGCGCUUGCUUACUGA